GGUUGCCAAAGUCCUGUAUAGAUGUCUCUGGUUAAAAGCCUUCAGCAUGUCGGAUGGUGAUAUUAUCGAUAUAUCUGAAGCAGCGAUUGUUAAGUGGAUUUAUUAAUCUGAUGAGUUCGUUUAAUUUCAAAAAAGCAAGAAAACACCUACCUGAUGAAGAAAGACUCGUAUGGAUAGACUUGGAGAUGACCGGCCUGGACAUUGAAACUUGUCAUAUUUUGGAAAUAGCAUGUCUCAUUACGGACGACAAACUGGAUUUGAUUGCUGAGGGUCCAAAUCUGAUUGUCCAUCAGCCUGAUGGUAUUUUAGAUGGGAUGAAUAGAUGGUGCCAGGACCACCAUGGAAAGGUAUUACUGUUGAUAGAGAAAUAA